UUUUUUGUUCUUUAUCUUUUUAUGAGCGAUUUCGACAUUGCCAGCUUGAAAAAUGCUAGUACCUUUGCUGCUUCUCUCCAAAAGCGCAAAGCGAUGGGUUUAAUGGACUCUGAUUCCGAGGACGAAGCACCAAAGAAAAAGACAACAAAACCCACUCAACGUAAAUCUUCACCAGUCCGUAACAUGGCUCCCACAAAAGAAGCUGAAAGUCAAGAAAAUAAUGAUCAAGAUAUAAUAAAUAACAAUAUAUCUACCACCGCUGAAUAUAUCGCAGCCGCCGAGGCACUUAUGGCACAGCCCAUAAGGAAAGCUUCACGGGAACAACCUAAAAAAAAACCAACUGCUACCAAGCACUCAAGCCAAGUGGGUGAUUUAAUUGAAUUAUCAGAUGAAGAGGAAAAGGAGGAGGAAAUUGCGAUGCCAGGAACCGACAUAGAAGAUCUCGAUCCCGAAUUGGCGGCUCUUAUGAACGAAUCAACAUCCACUAGCUCGACCCAGCCACUUAAAGUCACUGUACGAUUGCAUUAUGUGCAUAGUUUUGAGGUAACAACUGAACGAGCACAAGAAAUACUUAAGACCCUGAUGAAACCUGUUAAAGUCAUUCUUAUGGACAAUGAGCAAUUCCGUAAGGUUCUAGAUUCAUAUUGCGCAAAGAAAAACUUGAAAAGCUCGGACGUUGUCUUGACUUAUAAUGACGAUCAAAUUUUCCUAAGUGGGACACCUGCUGGUUUAGGGAUGGACGACAUCCAGAUCUACAACAUGCAUGUUUACUCAACGCAAAGCUAUAACGCUAUGCUGGAGAAAAAGAAACAACAAAAAUUAGAGAGAAUGAACAGAUAUGCAGCGAAACAGGCUGAGGAGGAAGAUUAUGAGGAGGAAGAUAUUGUGCCGUCGGCACCUCCUGUUGAGGAAAGCGAAUCCGAAAAGAUCUUGCUUAAACUAAGAGGAAAAGACAAAAAAGACAUCACAUUACGUGUGAGACCUACUGCAACUUUGUCUUCAUUGCUGAAUUCUUACAAGCAACAUGCCGGCGUUACUGGCAAUGUAAAUCUUUCUUUCGAAGGUGAAGUCUUGGAUCUCGACUUAACAAUUGAAGACACCGAAUUAGAAGAUGAGGAUCUGAUUGAAGUUGUGUAAGAGAGAAAGGAAAAACCAAAUAUAUAAUACGCAUAAUAAAUAUUCUUGUAAAUAAUCAC